AUGGAAAACAUCUCGAAGGUGAUGUUGAAAGUAAUUGUGUUUCGGAAAAGGUCAUUCGUUUAAUAAAGAUCCUUAGAAUUUUUUGAAAUGCUUAAAAAUUGUUUCGGGAGGAUGAAAUCGACGAAUCUAGAGCUCGAAAUUCAGUUUUAAUCGAUCAAUAAAUUUAUCCUCAGUUGAAAAUGAACUGUAUCAAAUCGUUCAAAACUUGCGAAAGUCUAUCAGAACUUGAAAAAAAUCAUCCAAAUCCAUUAAAACUUCAAAAAAAGAACCUGACUUGCCCUUUUCAUUAGUAUCCUUCCUCAAAUGAUAAAAUAAUGAUAAUUUAUUCAGAUGGUGGAAAAAGUGGUGGCCUCGUACGAUUUCGCCGGCCUCAUCAACAACACUCGUCUCAUUCAGCUAAUUUGUGCCAUUUUGCAGGUUGAUUUUUCUCGGAAAGUGCGCUCUAACGGACUAUGAUAUCAAUGGUCAGGCCUCGGUUACGCAAGCCGGGUGCGCCUUGGACUUUUCUGAGCUUUUCUGACACCACUAAAGGGAUCACUGAAAAGCUCAAAAACGUGCGGGGUGCGUCCGAUUUGCGUUACCAAAGCUCGAAACAGCUAUCUUUCAAAGGUUCAACUGAUAAAGUUCACUGGAGCACAGUUUGUUUUCUUUAAUAAAAUAUAAAAGGGUCCUGAAAAAAUCGGCAACAGUAAUGUGCUUUAGAAAUUAUAUUGAUCAAUUUUAAAAUGUUUCAACUAGUUAUUUUGUUCAAAAGAUACUUUAUAAGGUGUUCGAAAGAUCUAGGAUUGUUUCAUGUUUGAGUCUCAAAGCGAUUACAAAUAUUUUCCUUUUUUGAUCAUUUUUGAACUAUUACGAAAAGCAAAAAUGUUCAAUUAUCUAAGUUCUUAUCAUUAUUUUCGUUAGUUCGCUUGAAAAAAUACUACAAAGGCGUCUAAAACUCUUAGUUUUGCACACUAUUUCCUCAAUCUUUAAGAAUUUCGCAAAGGCAGAGGUGAAUGGACUAUUACCUCGGACAUUGGUAAUGCGAAUUGGACACGUCGGGGCACUUCUAGUGACCACUUUAGUAGCGGCAGAACUCUUAAGUGAUUCCUAGGAAUGCUUAGAAACGCGUACGGUUUUUCGUUAAAAGGGAUCCGAGAAGUUUAUAGUCAAUUUUUAAUCUUACAAUAUUCAAAAAAAUAAUCCUUUUUUUAAACAUAUGAGCAAAAAUUUCUUGAAAAUUUAUUAAAAGUUCCAUGAGCGCUUAAAAUAAACCGUCCAAACCAGCGGUGAAUGAACUAUAAUUCUGACUUUUCCAUAAUUUUCACUCUUCUCAAUUAAUAAAUCAUUUUGAAGAUCUUCCUCGUCUACACGGAAUCCGGCUCGUUGUCCCUGUUCACCUUCCUCACCUACUCGGUUAUCAUUGGCUUCCUCGCCGUUCAUCUUUUCCGUAGAUGGUUCUUUUUAUCUUUUUAUGAUUCAUUUAUUUAUUUUAUUUCUCUCAUUCAAACAAAAAAAUACAGGAUGUACCUCUUAAGAACGCCAGAGUGGUCCCUAGAGAGGUUGAGAGAAAAACGGUUCCUAUAGGGAAGAAAAUAGUUCUCCCUUAAGAAGUAAAACUUAGGUGGUCUCUAUAGAAGUUCAGGGUCUAACUUCCAAGCCCCCAGAGCUGAAGUGAUCCCUAUAGGGGUUUUUGGUUUUUUGUUUUUUGUGUAUUAUUUAGCUUUUUGCAUGGAAAAGUUACAAGACAACAAACGAGUAGCAUUUUCCCCUAAAGUUGCAACUAAAAAAACCCCUAGAGUGAGCACUUUUUCAAAGAAGAACAUAUUUCGGCUUAAAACUCAUUUUCAGUUACUUUAAAAAUCUUAUUAUCAUUACUAAAAGGUAAAAGAAUCUUUAGAGAAAGUUCGAUUAAAUUAAAAUUCAUGGGAAAUUUCAAACUUAACUCUUAAAAUUACCUCCCUUGUCAGAUGUCAGAGUGUUUCAGAUCGUAAAAAAAUUUGAAAAAAAAAUUUUUUACUUCCCUAUAAAAUUCAAAAAAAUUGAGGUACUACAAUAUCGACGGACGGUACGAUGUUAGACAAAUGCUGCGCGAGUCGGAAACUUCCCUUCGUGUACAGUAUGCCGUUGGUGAGGAUUUGCACUUAAUAUUGCUGAAAAAAACUAAAACUCUUUGUAAAUCGGUGUAAAAACAGGAAAGUGGAGCAAUUAUAAAAUUAAGGGGAGAGAUUAUUCCAAAAAAUGUUUUUUUUUCUAAAACUCGAAAUUUUGGAAUUUUCUGAAAGUUUCUUCAAAGUCCUCAGGAGAUCCAAAUAAAAAGCCUUCAGAUGCAAUUUCAAUUUUAAAAUAUCUGGUUCGAAAUUGAAGACUAUACUUAUUGAAAAAGAAAUAAAAUAAAAGUCCAAAUGACUUGAAAAACUGAUUUCUCAGUGCCAAAGCUUGAAAUCGAAUUCGUUUUUGACUUUUCAAUCUUCAAGCCCAGUUUCUCACCAUGAGUUCAAGUUAAGAACGAAUUUAGUCCAGAAUGUGGGGUUAAUUUACAAAAAUUCGGAUCAUACAUCGCCUGGAUCCCACCCCAGCCUUUUGCGCGCGAAAAAAAAAAUUUGAAAAUUUACUGGAGUAAGCCGCAUCUAAGGGGGUUAGGCCACACCCCGGGGUGCGAUCCAGCCGAAGUAUGAUUUGAAUGGAUGAAAUUAAAGAAAAAAAGGUUAAACCCAAGGAAGUUAGGGUUGAAAGGGAUGAAUUAAGUAUCGUCCUCUUCAAAGAUUUCCUUGUAUUAAAUAAAUUUUUUUACAAGCUUUGAGGAGUUUCGAAAAGCUAAAAACCUGGAAAAAUCUUGAGAUUCUUUAAAGCAGUGUUCAUAAAAAGAAAAACGAGUCAAAAAGGCCGGAAAAGAGCUUUUGAAAACCUUUCUAACGUGUUUUUUAAAUUUGAAAUAGUUCUCAUGUCGGAAAGAAGACCUAGAAGAGAUCUGGAUGGCUGUUGAAAAAAGUUCCCAUAUGUAUAAUAGAAGUUUAAAAAAAUCCAGCAGAAAAAACUUGAAAUUUUCUUUUUGGUAAUCGUGGUGGUUUCCACAGAUAUGACUUGUAAAACGAAACACUUUCAAAAUGAUAAAAUCUCAAAAAAAUUUUUACAGCCCUAUUCGCGCCCCUGCUCCUGGGCCUGCUGACGUGGUGGCUGGUGGUGCUGAACAACGGGCUGGUCCACGUUCUGUUCUUCUUCUCCUGCUUCGCCCAAAUCCUCGCCGCCGUCGUCCAACUCUUCUUCGAGUUCUACGAAGUCGUCUACAAGUCCCAAUGA